AUAAUUUUAGCUCCAUGUUUGAUUAUAAAUAGAGACCCAAGCAAUCAGGAAGCAUGCCAUAUUCAUACUCCCUCACCACCUCUCUAGUUUAAGUUUAUUAGCAGUAGUGCUGCAAUUGUCAACUACUAACCACUCAAGCCCACACCCGAUUGAUUCUUCGUCAUCGCUCUCGAGUCUUAAGGGACACCGAGAGGCUGGAAGUGGAAGUUUAUACAGCAAAGUCGAAGGAAAUGGAUGUAGAAAUCCUGAGCUCCACAAGCGUGAAGGCUUCAGCGGCCGUGGUCGAGGGCUUGAUCCCCCUCACCAUCUUUGACAGGGCAGCCUUCGACCUCCAUGUGCCUGUCAUCUAUGCCUUCCGGGCGCCUAUGCCCAGCAAUGACGCCCUUAAGCACGGCCUCUCAGAGGUCCUCAGCCACUACCCGAAGCUCGCGGGCCGCCUCUCCACCGAUCCCGUCUCAGGCCUCCCAUGUAUCCUCCUCAACAACGCUGGUGCCAGAGUCGUAGAGGCUCGUGUGUCUGCCCCUCUAGCCACCUACCUCCCGUUGCACUCAUCCCCGGCCCUCUCAAUUCUCCAUCCCCUCAUCGAUGAGACUGUGGAGGAGCUUCUUCAGGUGCAAAUCACUCGCUUCUCGUGUGGGGGCAUCAUCCUCGGCACCACCGGCCACCACAAAGCUGCCGAUGGGCAGUCGAUGAGCAUCUUCUUCCUUGAGUGGUCACGCACUGUGCGAGCCAUGUCCGAGGGAGGGGACCCACCCCCGCUGCCAGCGUUGGCCCCUGUGCAUGACCGUUUGAUGCUGGCACCCCGUGACCCUCCCUGCCCCAUGUUUGGGCACCGUGAGAUUGAGUUUCAGUCAGUUUCCAAGGCCCCAGCCUCCGAGCCGCCUGCCCAGUUUGAGAAUGUGGUUGUGCAUUUCCCGGCUGAAUUUGUGGCCUCCCUGAAGGCCGCAGGCGGUGGCCGCUACUCCACAUUCGAGUGCCUGCUCGCCCAUGUCUGGAAGAAGGUGACGAUCGCACGCGGUAUCAACACCAAGGCCGAUACCCAUGUGCGGAUCGCAGUGAAUGGGCGUGCGAGGCUCUGGCCUCACGUUCCAAUGGGCUAUUUCGGUAACCUUGUCCUGUGGGCUCAUCCAAAGCUCAAGGCUGAGGAGCUACUUGCACUGAACAUAGCCGAUACAGCAAGGGCGAUACAUGAGAAUGUCGGUAAGAUUGAUGAUGCCUACUUCCGAUCAUUCAUCGACUUUGGGGCACUGGCACAAGAGGAGGAGCUGGUGGCGACUGCACCAGCCGAGGGCACCUCACUGUCGCCCAAUUUGGAGGUCGACAGCUGGCUGCGUUUCGACUUCGGGGACCUCAAUUUUGGAACUGGUGGCCCCUGCGCCUUCCUCCCGCCAUGGCUUCCCAUUGAGGGGCUCCUCGUAUUUGUGCCUUCCUACAAAGAGAAGGGUGGAGUCGACAUGUUCAUGGCCAUCUCUCCCGACCACCUCCCCAAAUUUCAACAGAUUUGCCGCUCCUUGGACUGAGAAUCACUCAGGAGAUCCACUCAAGACCACCAUCUUUCUGUAAUUCUAAUCGACCUUCCCCCAACUUCCUCUUUCCUUAUUUAUUUAUUUGUAGUCUGUACACAUAUUUUUUCAUUUAAUACACAUAAAUUAGUAAGGAAAAGUAUAUAAAGAGA